GGCGGCUUUCUGCCCAUUUGAAGACCAAACUCGGCCCUGAAAUGCUAUUCAAAGUCUCUCUGCUGUUCGCGACAGCCACCCUGCUCUCCGCUGGACGUGUGCCCCGCAUUAUAGGCGGACAGGACACGCCCAUCGAGGAGGAUCCCUGGCAAGUGUCCCUUGUCGUGGGGGGAGACCAUGCCUGCGGUGGUUCCAUCUACAGCAAGGACUUUGUCAUAACUGCC